GGGAGCCGGGAGCCGGGACCGGGAGCCGCGGGCGCCGGCCCCUCCGCGGCCACCGGGGGCGCGGCUCCCCCGGCGCGCGUGCGGGUGCGGCCGGCGGCCUCCAGGGGGCAGCAGCGGAGCGGGGACGGGGAGAAGCGGCAGCGUCGGCGCCGGCGGCUGUGAAGGCAGAGGCCCCUCGUGGAGCCGGCUCCGGAGACCUCCACUCCGGCGGCGCUGCGCCCGGGACGCGUUGCAGCGGCGUCGCAGCCGGCCCCCCGCCUUCACCCGGACCCGCUGGGGCACAGCGAUCUCCUUCGUCCGAGCGGCGGCGGCACCUUGGCGGACGGGCGCGCGGCGGGCGCGGCAGCAGCAGCAUCCCCGCCCGGCGGGACCCCGCGCGCGGAGCCGGCGGCGGAGCAGGAAGGGAAGGAGGCUCGCUGCGCCCCGCGGGGCUCGCCUUCCCCGGGGCUCUCCCUCCCGCCCGCCCUCCCCCCCACCCCCGGGGCCUGCCCCCAGCGCCCGGUGCGGCUCUAACAAUGGUGCGGAGCCCCGGCUCGAACCCUGCGUCCGCCCCGCGGCCGUAGAGGAAGUGGCCGGGCCCCGGGCGGGGUGGGCAGGGAGCCGCCCCCGCCGCGCGCUCGCUGCUGGAGUUGGUCUGCGCGCCCGGCCUCUCCGGCCCCCGACCCCGGGCACCCUCCGUCCGGAGCACCGACGGCUGCUCGAGCCGGGAGCAUGGUGCCGGCGCCCGGGCUAAUCUAGUCCUCGGUUCGCUCCUUUUCCCCCUCCCCCGCCUCUCCCGGACCGCCCGCCGGUGCUGCCUGGGGCUCCCGGCGCGUGGCCGCCCAGCCCUCCGCCUCUCCGAGGAGCCCGGCGUGCGACCGCCUGACCGAACUUGCCCAUUGGAGGCAAACCCAGAACAGCUGGAUAAUGUCCACUCCGAGCAGAUUCAAGAAGGACAAAGAGAUCAUAGCCGAGUAUGAAAGUCAAGUCAAAGAGAUUCGAGCUCAACUGGUAGAACAACAAAAAUGCCUGGAGCAGCAGACAGAGAUGCGAGUUCAGCUUCUGCAGGACCUGCAAGAUUUCUUCCGGAAAAAAGCCGAAAUCGAGACGGAAUAUUCUCGGAACCUAGAGAAGUUAGCAGAAAGGUUCAUGGCAAAAACAAGAAGCACUAAGGAUCAUCAGCAGUACAAGAAAGACCAGAACUUGUUGUCUCCAGUGAACUGCUGGUAUUUGCUCCUGAACCAAGUGAGGAGAGAAAGCAAAGACCACGCAACCUUGAGUGAUAUCUACCUGAACAACGUGAUUAUGCGCUUCAUGCAGAUCAGCGAGGAUUCCACCAGGAUGUUUAAAAAGAGCAAAGAGAUUGCAUUUCAACUUCAUGAGGAUUUAAUGAAGGUUCUUAAUGAGCUGUAUACGGUGAUGAAAACAUACCAUAUGUAUCAUGCGGAGAGCAUCAGUGCAGAGAGCAAGCUGAAAGAGGCCGAGAAACAAGAAGAAAAGCAAAUUGGGAGAUCCGGCGAUCCAGUCUUUCAUAUUAGACUAGAGGAGAGACACCAGCGGCGAAGCUCUGUAAAGAAAAUCGAAAAAAUGAAAGAAAAGAGACAAGCAAAGUAUUCAGAAAAUAAGCUAAAAUCGAUUAAGGCACGGAAUGAAUACCUCCUGACCCUCGAAGCAACCAACGCCUCUGUUUUCAAGUAUUAUAUUCAUGAUCUCUCAGAUUUAAUUGAUUGCUGUGACCUUGGCUACCACGCAAGUCUGAACAGAGCCCUCAGAACGUAUCUCUCGGCGGAGUACAACCUUGAGACCUCCAGACACGAAGGCUUAGACAUUAUUGAGAAUGCAGUCGACAAUUUGGAGCCCAGGAAUGAUAAGCAGAGAUUCAUGGAGAUGUACCCUGCUGCCUUCUGCCCUCCAAUGAAGUUUGAGUUUCAGUCUCACAUGGGUGAUGAGGUGUGUCAGGUCAGCGCGCAGCAGCCGGUCCAGGCGGAGCUCAUGCUCAGGUACCAGCAGCUGCAGUCCCGACUGGCCACUCUCAAAAUCGAGAACGAGGAGGUCAAGAAAACAACCGAAGCCACCUUGCAGACGAUACAAGAUAUGGUCACCAUCGAAGACUACGAUGUUUCUGAAUGCUUCCAACACAGCCGCUCCACGGAGUCCGUGAAGUCCACCGUCUCUGAGACCUACCUGAGCAAGCCCAGCAUCGCCAAGAGAAGAGCGAACCAGCAGGAGACCGAGCAGUUCUACUUCAUGAAACUCAGAGAAUAUUUGGAAGGCAGUAAUCUCAUCACCAAACUUCAAGCCAAGCAUGACCUGUUGCAGAGGACCCUCGGAGAAGGUCAUAGAGCUGAGUAUAUGACUACAAGGCCUCCAAAUGUUCCCCCUAAGCCCCAGAAACACAGGAAGUCCAGACCCCGCUCACAGUAUAAUGCUAAGUUGUUUAAUGGGGAUUUGGAAACAUUCGUCAAGGACUCGGGGCAGAUCAUCCCCCUCAUUGUGGAAAGUUGUAUUCGGUUCAUCAAUCUCUAUGGUCUUCAGCACCAGGGGAUCUUCCGAGUGUCCGGUUCCCAGGUGGAAGUCAAUGACAUUAAAAAUUCGUUUGAGAGAGGUGAAAACCCCUUGGCCGAUGACCAGAGUAACCACGAUAUUAACUCAGUUGCUGGCGUUCUGAAGCUCUAUUUCCGUGGGCUGGAAAACCCCCUCUUUCCUAAGGAAAGAUUUAAUGAUCUGAUUUCAUGUAUCAGAGUAGAUAAUCUCUAUGAGAGGGCGCUUCACAUCCGCAAACUCCUCCUGACCUUGCCCCGGUCGGUCCUCAUAGUGAUGAGGUACCUCUUUGCCUUCCUCAAUCAUCUUUCACAAUACAGUGAUGAGAACAUGAUGGACCCUUAUAACCUGGCCAUUUGCUUUGGCCCAACGUUGAUGCCCGUCCCGGAAAUACAGGAUCAAGUGUCCUGCCAGGCUCAUGUGAAUGAAAUUGUCAAAACCAUCAUCAUCCACCACGAGACUAUCUUCCCGGAUGCUAAAGAGCUGGACGGGCCCGUUUAUGAGAAAUGUAUGGCUGGAGACGACUACUGCGACAGCCCCUACAGUGAGCACGGUACCUUGGAGGAAGUGGAUCAGGAUGCUGGUACCGAGACGCACACCAGUGAGGACGAAUGUGAGCCGAUAGAAGCCAUCGCCAAGUUCGACUACGCUGGGCGGUCCGCCAGAGAGCUGUCCUUCAAGAAGGGGGCCUCCCUGCUGCUGUACCACCGCGCGUCCGAGGACUGGUGGGAAGGCAGGCACAACGGCAUCGACGGGCUGGUGCCUCACCAGUACAUUGUGGUGCAGGACAUGGAUGAUACAUUUUCAGACACACUGAGCCAAAAAGCUGACAGCGAGGCCAGCAGCGGGCCAGUGACUGAAGAUAAGUCGUCAUCCAAGGACAUGAACUCCCCUACAGACCGGCAUUCGGAUGGGUAUUUAGCCAGACAAAGAAAAAGAGGAGAGCCACCCCCUGCAGGAAGGCGUCCUGGCAGAACCAGCGAUGGCCAUUGUCCCCUCCACCCCCCACAUGCUCUUUCCAACUCCUCAGUGGAUCUGGGGUCCCCAAACCUGUCCAGCCACCCCCGGGGCCUGCUGCAGAACCGUGGCCUCAACAACGACAGUCCGGAGAGGAGGCGCCGGCCAGGCCAUGGCAGCCUGACCAACAUCAGCCGGCACGACUCCCUCAGGAAGAUUGAUAGCCCUCCUAUUCGAAGGUCCACGUCAUCGGGGCAGUACUCAGGCUUCAGUGACCACAAGCCGCUGGACCCCGAGGUGAUCGCUCAGGAUAUUGAAGAGACGAUGAACACUGCUUUGAAUGAACUCCGAGAACUGGAGCGACAGAGUACGGCAAAGCACGCCCCCGAUGUGGUGCUGGAUACCUUAGAACAAGUGAAAAACGCGCCUACUCCCGCCACUUCCACAGAAUCUCUCAGCCCUUUGCACAACGUUGCCCUCAGGAGCUCCGAGCCUCAGAUUCGACGAAGCACGAGCUCCUCCAGUGACACGAUGAGUACUUUCAAACCUAUGGUGGCCCCCAGAAUGGGCGUGCAGCUGAAGCCCCCAGCCCUACGGCCAAAGCCUGCUGUUCUUCCAAAAACAAACCCUACCAUAGGACCCGCGCCUGCCUCCCAGGGCCCUGCAGACAAGUCGUGCACAAUGUGAAAACCACUGGGCAAGGUCCUCCGGGGAGGUGAUUUAAAAAAAAAAAGAAAAUGGAUUCGUAACAAGUCACGAUCCAUAACUUUCCUUAGUUUUGUGCUUAGAACUGGAGAUCUUCUGGCUUUCCUAUGUUCUCGAACGUAAUGUCUGAGACUAGCUAAAUUAACACGGGCAUUUGUAUUUUGUAGUUUCUUUCUUUUUUUCUUUUUUUUUUAAAUAACUGGACAUAUGUCAUUUAAAGACAAUAGACUCACUUAGACUUACUUGAAAAUUCAAUGCUGCACCAUUUGUAACAAAGGCAACAGCACUCCGCUCUCCGCAUUGUGUAGCGCUUCAGGGGUAGAGCAGCCCUGAUGCCUCCCAACCUUUGUUCCAGGCUUUGGAGUGUAACCAGUGCUGGUCUGUGGCAUUUGGGGAAAUGGCCAAAGGGUGGGGAUGGCAUUGUUUGGUAGCUGACAGUGAGCACCUGUGGUUCCAUGGAGGGGGACAGGGUUUGGCUCAUGCUGAAGACUUUCAGGUGUCACAGCGGGAUGGACAUUCCCAGUGAGACCUUCAGCUCACAGCCUGAAGGAUGGGAUGGUUGUCUCUUUCAUAGUCAGUCAUUUCCCUGGGUCCAGGUUAAUGGCUCAGCGGAAGAGGGUAGAGCCUCUGUAGUUACUGCUUGACCUGAAACCUGGGAGAGGGGAGUGCCAGUUCUCCAGAGUUAUCGCUGUGACUCCUUCCACGCGCCUGACCAGGCCCCAGAAGAUUUCCAGCUCCAGCUUUCCCAUUCACAAAGGACCAGAGCUGUCUAGUCUUCAAGACUAUCUGGUUACACUACUCCACAAACUACUUCCAAGAUCUGUGGUUUGGUUGCUGCCUGGAAAAUAUUCCCAGCUCCGCUGAAUUCCAUCUCUGGAAAUGGAGAAAGCAAGCAGCACACCAGUGCUUGGUUCACUCGGCCUUCUCUUCUCCAGACCAAAUGGCCUUGGUUCCUUUAAACAUGCUGCAGAGAACAGACGAUCCUGAAUUGAAUCCCCAACUUUCCUCUCCUUCUGUCUCUUUGAGCCAACCUAGAACUGGCCGCGGUACUGGAGUAAGCCCCGUGCUGGCCACGGUGGGAGAAUUUCCUCCUGGUUCCAGGACCACUUCCUCCUGAUUUUAUAUCCUGGAACCAGGACUUUUUUUUUUUCUUUUUCCUUUUCCUUUCUCAUAUGGUCUCUACAUAAUCCCCAUAGUCACCUAGUCCAUGAGGGGCCCUCUGACAAGUUUUCUUCAGCCCAUUUUUAUGCUAUAGUUCCCUCUAUCUUAAAACAGUUGCUUUGAAUUAAUUUGCUUUUACAAAGGUACAAAUCACCACCCCCCAACCAGCAGCAGCUUAUAUCACCUAUAAGCAUAUGAGCAUUUUAUCUGUUCCAUCAUUGAACUUCCUAUGAGGAGACCCUUGUUUUUUAUAAUAAAUGGAUGGCCAGAACCCACCCCUCUGGACCACCAUUGAUUUCCUCUAAGUGUGGUUUCAAACUGGUAGCCAAUCGCAUGCCCACCUAAGAAGUACACACAUGGACCUCAUCAGCCCACUGGUGACUGCCUCGUGAAGGGAAGAAUGAGGAAAUGACUAAAACCAAGAUCAUGACUGAGCUCUACCUCAGUUUGCCAGUCUAAUCAUUCUAAUGCAAACAGAGAUUAAAUUAAUGAGAUACUUUCCUUCCAAAGUCACACUCUGGUUGCUUGCCUACAGCCUAAUUUCACAAUUGUUUUGAAUAGUGAAUUUCCCCCCCAGUAUUUCCAAGAAUAGUAAGCUUUUAAACCUCUUCAUUUUCAGAACCAUCUGGGUGUUUUGUUUUGUUUUGUUUUGUUUUGGGGCGGGGAGGCCCAUUUUGAAAGAGACCAAGCUCAGCAUCUUGUCCAAUCCUCUCCCCAUUUCCCUUGAGCUCUAGUGGUCCUUUAGCACCUAGGACACGUGGACACACCCAGGACCACUCUUUGAAUAGCAUUAACCCUUUUAAACAAUCUUCUCGAGCCCCCGAGGAAACUUAAACUUUGCUGAAUAGUCUCCUGAUUCUUUCUGGAUUCCACUUCGGCUGCUGAUUCUCUGUCACUCUGGGGAAACAGAAGCAACGAAUAAAGGUGGGAACAACCGAGGAGGGAGGGGAAAUGUUAAACCUUUUAGAAAUUAAAAUAAAAAGGAUUCUUAAAAACCAUUUUUCAUCUUCAGUGGAAGUGCAAGAUGAUAACAAAGGGCAUCGAAAGGUGUUUGGAUUCAUUGUUUGGCAGGGGGAGGAGAGGGGCCUCUCUUAUAAGCUUUAACUAUGGCUUUUCAGAUCUUACUCCAAGCUUCAUUCUCCAGACUUCCCCCUGGCGGUCCUCCCGUGUCCCCUCGCUGUGUGCCCCGGUGAGGAGUGGGGAUCGCCCUUCUGCCCUCGGCUGCUGGGGAUGGCAGAGGACAUGCUGCUCUGGACCCUCGCAGCCUUCGAGACUGUGCCUUCCAGGAAACGGCUCCUAACACUAUCCCGUCCCUUCCUCACUCUGCCUCUUCCGGAGCCUACAUCCCUGCUGUCACCCUGAGGCACUUUCCCCCCAAUUCCAGGGAAGGAUGUGACUCCGAGUAAGAACUCAAUAGGGAUUGGCCUGUCCUUACUUUGUUCAGUAAAAGUCUUCAGAUUCCAGGGGGAAGACAGAGUGGCCACCACAACGUAUCCAAACUACCACCCUAAGGUAAGCUCAGUAAAAGCCUCAGCAGUGAGAGAGACUUCACCCGGUACCGGCCUGCCUUAUAGCCUCAGGGCAGCACACUGCGGGGAGGUGGCAGGCACAGGAGUGAGGAAAGAAAAUGAGUCCUGAGAUGUUCUGCCUGCAGUUUCAAGGAUUGUAGUCCUCAUGUGCAGUUUGGGAAGAGUGUUGUUUUGAUGAUGGGGGAUGGUGGUUCUACAAAGAUUACCUGACUCCGCGUACACAAGACUAUGUAUCCUCAGCUGAUAUCACUGUAUGUUCACGUCCCCUCCACGGAACUCACCCAACUACAUUUGCCAAGCUGGCCUUCGGUUUGGGUCAGGGUGUGGGUUAGCAUAGACAGAAAGGUACUUAGUACAUAUUUGGCCCUUUGUAGAGCUCCAUGUUCAUGUUCAGUGUCACCGCUAUUGUUCCAUUGCAUGUUUCCUCACAUGUGAUCUGACUGUGGCACCCCUUGAGCCUCCAUAGAAUCACAACCGUGCCCCACCGAGCCUACUGCAAUGAGCAUGAAAGUUAUCAAUGGAUAUAGAGCCCCGAGGGUCAGAUUGUAUCAGUUCCGUUUUCUGUCUUUUUGUACUUCUGCCAUUUCCAAAAACGGGCUUAUAAUUUAAUCAAGGAGACGAAGGAAGUGGGGAGUGCCAUUUUGGGGGGAUGCCAUAGCCCCUGGGGUCUACAAACUGAAGAAACUUGAAUCUGAUCAUUACAGCCUCAAAUAAGAAUUAAGAGCCCAUGGGUCCGUCGAGGGUGUAGAAGACUUCACAUUUGGGGUGAUACAGUAGCGAGAGGCCAUGAACGCAGGAAAUGCACUUGGGACUGAGUCUUGCUCUGAGUUACCCACCUCAGAAGCCCCGAGCCACGAGCGGCUUUAAAGGGAAGGCUCUAUCCAUGUGUGCAUAGAGCGCCCAGGGAGUCACCCCCCUGAACUGGGAACCCCACCACCAGCUGGGCUGAGGGCGGGGGGGGGGGGGGGGGGAGGCUGGGUGCAGGGCGGGUGGCACAGCUUUGUCCAGAUCCAUAGAACAAACUGGAAAUGGAGCUUUUACUUACCCUAGUAUACUUCUUAAACAAUAGUCUACGUGGUAUAAUCAAGAAGGGUACCUGUAUCUUUAAAUUACGUAGGGAAUUUUGUAUGUUUAAGUAACUGUACUGGGUUCCAUAAUGCUUAGAGAAACUGUUUAGUAAAAGAAAAUAUAUAAACCGUGCAUUUGUGAAUGCCCCCUUAGAGCGUUCAUCCGAGUUGAGUGUGUUGUGUGACGGUUGUCAGAGCUGUUUAUAGUGAGUGGCUGUGGGGCGGGAGAGACCGCUACUUACCAGGGGCUCCAGGGCAGCCCCUGCCCACUUAAGGAAAUCAGUGUUGUCCUUUCCUGUCCAUUUGGUCAAUUGCAGUACUGGUAGCUUCCUGCUUGUGACUGUUACCUAAUUGUGUCAAUGUACAUCUGUAGUAUGUACAUGUGAAAGUGCCUUUCUAUGUUAGGAGUUUUAGCCUGGCUCUUCACUGUUGCCCCGCCCUCCUCCCCAUCUUCUCCCCCCGCCCCCACCCACCACCUCCAAUUUUUACUGCCUCCUUGCGUGUUGAAACUUCCUCCACUCUCUCCCAGCUCCUCCAUCCCCACCUUCCUGUGCCUCGAGUGCUCAGUGUUGUCCCCUCUUGCAUCCUUGUCAUCAGACCCUCAUUUUCCUUGUGACUGUGACUGUGCCUUCCCCACGGUAACUCUCCCCCCCUGCGCCCUCCCUUCCCACCCUCCCCUCUCCACACCCUGCCACCUGCCACCCACACCGCCUGUUUGCCUUUGCUCUCUGUGCUGCCUCUUGCUUUUCUUUACAUUCUCUUGGCUCUGAGGUGUACGUGAAGGGGGAUGCUUUUACAGGUCUGGGAGAACAAAAAAAAAAAAAAAAAAUGUUUUGUUCUGUUGUGACAAUGCACUUUUAUGUAUAGUACUGUACAUUUUGGCAUGUACCAUUCCAGGCUUCCGUAUAAAGUCAGGUCUGUUCUUCACGGUGUACCUUUAUAAUAAAUAAGAUAGUUCUGGC